AUGAUCGAAAUGAUUCAUAUAUUAGUAAUUGCUUGGCAAUGUUUUAUUGCCAUCGAGAGCAUUCACUUCAAUGGCGGUACGAUUCGGUGGGAACCUGUUGAUCCCCAAGCCAAUUCAAGCCUGGUUGCGAUUAAUAUCAUACAAUCAUAUUCUUGGAGCUAUCCGACGAUACAAUGUGCAAACGAUGUGCCAAUUUCCACCAGUGGCCGAAGUGGUACGAACGCCAAUCUAACAUGCGUUGUCGACUGUUCAAGCGAUGGUGGCUAUUCAGCGAACCCAGUGAAUAUUUUAACUGAUUGUGUUUCGACUAUUCCGUCGCUAAGCAUGAUGACUAGUAAACGAUCAGUCAAUACAACACUCAAAGCCGAUGCACACUUCUACAUAUCGUAUCGAGGAAGUGCUUGGCGGACUAUAGGAAGUCCACCACAAAGUGAUCUUUACUGGUCAAUUGUGUGUUUCAUUGACCUUCGACGACGAUCAGAUGGUAUCAUAAACACCCCACCCGAAGCGAACGUCAUUUCACCACAAUAUGCCAUCGUGAACAGGACCACUCAAAUACAAAUACCCGUGUCAGAUGUCAAUGCAGGUGAUGAUUUACGGUGUCGAUGGUCAGUGUAUGUGCCUGGUGUUCGAAGACGGAGACAGUCAAAUGCAAACCAAAAUCUAUAUGACCGAUCGGCGCACCAGAUGUAUAGAAAAAUAGACGCAGACGGAGAAAUUCCUCAUAUUAGAAAAAAAAGAACAUGUGGUGGUGGUUAUACAUGCUAUGGUCCGACGUGUGAUUAUAGUUGCUGUUGUUCCAGUGCAUCUUGUUCAUCAGCACCUAGCUGUAUGGGUCAGAACUGUAACUCACCUUCUGGUUGUCCGAUUAUAACAACAACUACGACAAAAUCAACAACAACUAUGAGAACAUCAACAACAAUAACAACAACUGAAAGUAUGACUACCGUGGAAACCGCAGGAACGUUACCAAUCACUAGCUCAUAUCCAAUACGCCAGCCCAUUGACGAAUGUGGCGGUAUUUGCUAUCCGAAUACGGUACCCGUUGGUACGACUUUGUCAAACUGCACACUAACAUUUACAGGACUUAUACCAAACACUUGGUAUGCUGUCUCAAUUCAAGUUGAAGAUUUUAUAAACUCUACCAGUAUGACUCCUAUGAGCUCAGUUCCAGUUCAACUUCUGAUUUAUGUCAUGCCGACACCAAACUGUUCCAUAGCACCGAGUAUUGUGCCACUGGAUGGCUGCCUCGAAGUAACAGCAAGCGUUAUGAAAAGUUUCAAUAUAUCUAUAAUCAAUAGAUGUAACCCUUUCAUCUCGAAUGUCAGUAGUGUUGUUGUAUCGAAAGGAGUUACUGGGAUGCAAGUUAGCAAUAUAACGCAAUCAUCAACAAAUGUAUCCAUGUUCUAUACUACAUUUACUUGGACACCGCAAACAAAUCAACUUGGUCAGCAACAAUUGUGCAUAAUAGCUGUCACUGAUGAGAUGGUACAAUCUGCGGAGUAUUGUGUUAUAUUCACUGUAAUAGCUUCAUAUUCUCCAUGUGUGACAACAACGACUAGUACAACGACAUCCUCAACCAGUAGCACUACAACCACUUCGACAAGCUCGAGCACCACAUCAACUUCAACCACAACAACUACGACUAGUACAACGUCAACAUCAACUUCCACAACAAGUACAACAACGACUACAGUCACUACGACAACAACGACAACAACAACGGCAACACCAACGCGUCUAGGAAGCAAGAUCAAAUGGCCGCUUAUAUUAGGAUUAUCAUUGUUGUCUCUACUGUUAGCUUGUUGUUGUUUCGGCUGUCUUACCUAUUGGCUGUUGCGGAAAUCUGCAAGGCAUCGUCACCAACAACAGAAAGAGAAACGUAUUGAUCAUGAUCUACCGUCUGUGGAACGCGUUGGGCAAAAAACACGUUAUCGUGAAUUGAAUAAAAAAAUUCGACUUACAACACCUAAUGUCAACGAUCAUGCGUACGAUUCAAUCGACCUCAUUAAGAACAGAGACAGUUACUUAUCCAUGACUAAAAGUCAAACAAGUGCAGAGAUCAAUGACAUUCGUGUACAGGACGCUGAAACCCCUUUUGAAAUUAGAAAUGCAACGAUUCAAUCGCCAAAUCAUGUACAAGAAAAUAAUAGUGCAUCAGUGAAUCAUCGUCCUGGAGUUGAAGUUUGUCGUGUGAGCCGAAUGUCCAAGUUGUAUGAGAGCAAUGAAAGUCUAAGCAACACACAAAGAUUAACUACUAACAAGCCAACAAGAACUGCAUCAACAUCACCGCGGAAGGCUAGUGGAACUACUGUUAUUAAACUUCUACGAAACAAGAACGUCAGGGCUGUUAGUACCGAUGCAAAUUCGAAUAAACUCGACGAGCAACGAUAUUGCGAUGAAGCACUUUCAAUUUCGACAAAUAAAACAAAUCAAAUCUUGAUCAAAAGUAGUAAAUCAACAGCAGUAAAAACUGUCGAUUCAUCUCUGAAGGCCCAAUCGCGACCGACCAGUCUUCGUGAAAUUAGAGUUGUCAAAGUUCCAAAAUCAAUAAUCACGAGCCCCGUUGUCAUUGACUUGCUGAAAGAGUAA